ACGAGAAAGACGGCGAGAGGAAGUCGCGGUGGGUUUCAGCCCUACAGCCUCCGGGGCUGAGCUGGCAUUUGUCGCUGGCUUGAGCCGGACCCUACAGGCCACGCUGGCUGCGCAUGGAGCCGAGGGCUCGCGCGGAGGAGGGAUGCUCUCGGCCGGCGAGGUCGGCGAGGCGCCGGCAGUCCCGUGCUGCUCUGAAAGUGGUGAGGAAAGGAAGGACAUCGAGGAGAAAAGUGAUGUAAAUAUUACACCUCGUGCUGGAAAUGAACAUGUCAGUGAAGGUACAGAUAAUGGUGAUCUUCUUUCCUAUGUGUCUGCAUUCAUAGAAAAGGAAGUUGGGAAUGACCUUAAAUCUUUGAAGAAACUUGAUAAACUCAUAGAAAAGAUGACAGAAAGUAAAAUGCAGUUAGAAGAACAGGUACUUACAAUGUCAUCAGAAAUCCCUAAAAGAAUUCAAAAUGCCUUAAAAAAUGCAGAAGAAUCAAAGCAAUUCCUUAAUCAGUUUCUAGAGCAAGAAAAUCAUCUCUUCAGCUCCAUUAACAGCCAUUUGCUGACUGCACAGCCCUGGAUGGACGAUCUUGGGGCCAUGAUUAACCAAAUUGAAGAGAUCAAACGGCAUCUCGCUUAUCUUAAAUGGAUUUCACAAAUUGAAGAACUAAGUGAUAACAUUCAGCAAUAUCUGAUGACCAAUAAUGUACCAGAUGCAGCCUCUACUCUGGUGUCUAUGGCAGAACUUGACAUCAAGCUUCAGGAAUCAUCUUGUACUCAUCUUCUUGGUUUCAUGAGAGCCACAGUUAAAUUCUGGCAUAAAAUUCUCAAGGACAAGCUUACAAGUGAUUUUGAGGAAAUUUUAGCACAGCUUCAUUGGCCAUUCAUUGCACCCCCUCAAUCUCAAACUAUUGGCUUAAGUCGAUCUGCCAGUGCCCCUGAGAUGUACAGUAACCUGGAGACACUGUUUUGUCAGCUUCUGAAACUACAAACCUCAGAUGAAUUACUUACUGAGCCAAAACAACUCCCAGAAAAAUACUGUCUUCCUGCAUCCCCUUCUGUCAUCCUGCCCAUCCAGAUUAUGCUGACUCCCCUUCAGAAAAGGUUCAGGUAUCACUUCAAAGGGAACCGGCAGACUAAUGUUAUAAGCAAGCCUGAAUGGUACUUGGCUCAGGUGCUUAUGUGGAUUGGAAACCAUACUCAAUUUCUGGAUGAGAAGAUUCAGCCAAUAUUAGACAAAGUAGGCUCUCCGGUAAAUGCAAGGCUUGAAUUUUCUCGGGGCCUCAUGAUGCUGGUUCUCGAGAAGUUAGCUUCUGAUAUUCCUUGUCUGCUCUAUGACGACAAUCUCUUCUGUCAUUUGGUGGAUGAAGUUCUCUUGUUUGAGAAGGAGUUACACAGUGUUCAUGGCUAUCCUGGCACUUUUGCUAGUUGUAUGCAUAUUCUGUCAGAGGAAACCUGUUUUCAGAGAUGGUUGACUGUGGAGAGAAAAUUUGCUCUUCAAAAAAUGGACUCAAUGCUUUCAUCGGAAGCUGCCUGGGUAUCCCAGUAUAAAGAUAUCACUGAUGUGGAUGAAAUGAAAGUUCCAGACUGUGCAGAAACUUUCAUGACUCUACUCUUGGUUAUAACUGACAGGUAUAAAAACCUUCCCACAGCUUCCCGAAAGCUGCAGUUCCUGGAGUUACAGAAGGAUUUAGUAGAUGAUUUUAGGAUAAGAUUAACGCAGGUGAUGAAAGAAGAGACUAGAGCUUCCCUUGGCUUUCGAUACUGUGCAAUUCUUAAUGCUGUGAACUACAUCUCAACAGUACUAGCAGACUGGGCUGACAAUGUUUUCUUUCUACAACUUCAACAGGCAGCAUUGGAGGUCUUUGCAGAGAAUAAUACUCUCAGUAAAUUGCAGCUGGGACAGCUAGCCUCUAUGGAGAGCUCUGUCUUUGAUGACAUGAUUAAUCUCUUAGAGCGUUUAAAGCAUGAUAUGUUGACUCGUCAAGUUGACCAUGUUUUUAGAGAAGUUAAAGAUGCUGCAAAAUUGUAUAAAAAAGAAAGGUGGUUGUCCUUGCCAUCUCAGUCAGAGCAGGCAGUAAUGUCCCUGUCUAGUUCGGCUUGCCCCUUAUUGCUUACAUUACGAGACCGUUUACUUCAAUUGGAGCAGCAGCUUUGUUUCUCCUUAUUUAAAAUUUUCUGGCAAAUGCUUGUAGAGAAUCUGGAUAUAUAUAUCUACCAAGAAAUAAUUCUUGCUAAUCACUUCAAUGAAGGAGGAGCAGCCCAGUUGCAGUUUGAUAUGACUCGGAAUCUUUUCCCUUUGUUUUCUCAUUACUGCAAGAGACCAGAAAAUUAUUUUAAACAUAUAAAGGAAGCCUGUAUUGUUUUGAAUUUGAAUAUCGGUUCUGCUCUACUCCUGAAAGAUGUAUUGCAGUCAGCUUCAGGGCAACUUCCUGCCACAGCAGCAUUAAAUGAAGUUGGAAUUUACAAACUGGCUCAACAAGAUGUUGAAAUUCUACUUAACUUGAGGACAAACUGGCCUAACACUGGAAAAUAAUGCAUCUUUCAGAAGAAGAUUUUUUUGUUUUAUGUUUUUGUUCUUAACAAAGAGGAAGCCAGGAGGAUUUCAAGUCAUAUGAUGAAGUUCUGAAUUAAUGAAACUGGACAACUGAAAACUUCAUUAGAAUCAUUUAUUAUCUUGGACUUAUGAUGUUACUAAAAUGAUGACCAUAUUUCUUGAGUCCUCUUGUUCCUAAGAAAUCAAGAGAAGAAAUACAGAAAAUAUGAGAACUCAAAGUACUUCUCUUUACAAAUAUAAAUGUUGAAUAUGUCUUUCAAAGAAAAUACAAGAGUAGAGAUAAUAAAUUAUAACCAACUUUCAAUUUCCUUUGCUAAUUUAGAGAAACUCUGUUAUGGAUAAUCAAACACAGCCAGUAAGUUUUUGGGAAUUCAUUAUAUUUCCAUAAGAAAGCACAUUAUGAGAUGGUGAAUAAGGUAGGAUUAUUCUUCAUUUUCCACAAAUGUCCUUCCAUUUAAAAUAAUUCCUAGUUCCAUUUUGUGUGACAGUAGGCAACCUUUUCUUUCUGGAUGAUGUUUCAGGCCAAAGCAUUCUGCCUCAGUCUUUCCUCAGUGGUAGGGACUGUAAUUAAACAUUUUUGUUUAAUAUUUGUGUAACUAAUGAUGAGAUGAAAAUCUUAAACUUUCUUUUUUCUUCUGACUUGUCCUUGUCCUUGGGUUGUAUUAAAUAAUGGUUUCUUAAUUAAUCUUCAGAGUAAAACUUUUUUAAACAAAUUGACCUAGAUUAGCUGAAGGCUUUCUAUAACUAUCAGAUUUUAUUCCAAUGUUUUUUUUUCUGAUUUAGCAUUUAGUUAGUACUUUUAUUUUUAUUUAUUUUUUAUCUGUAUCAGCCACACAGAAUUAGUUAGUACUUUUAAUGCUGUAACAUCUCAAAUCUGAAAUUAUCAGGCUGGCAUGUAACCUAUUUUAUUGAUUGAUAUACAUUUACUUUGCAAUAAAUAAUUUUUUUUUUUUUUUUAAGUUAUUUUUGUUGUUGUUGUUGUUGUUGGUUUUUCGUGACCGGCACUCAGCCAGUGAGUGCACCGGUCAUUCCUAUAUAGGAUCCGAACCCGCGGCGGGAGCGUCGCGGCGCUCCCAGCGCAGCACCCUACCGAGUGCGCCACGGGCUCGGCCCUGCAAUAAAUAAUUUUGAGGAGAUAUUUUGAGAUAAAUUCUGUUACUCUGUAUUUCGUACAGAGAUUUUUCCAACCAGUGUGUUGAGCUCAAAGCUUUUCUUUUAGUUCUCCGAGCAGUUUGGGACUUUUCACUGCUUUCCUUGAGAAUUGUUGGGGUUUCCCAAUGAGAAAAGAAGGAGGCUGCCUCUGGAACUUCCUCUCUAACUCCAGCAUUUUCCCCCUCCUCUCCCCAGGCUUAGGGACUUUAUUGUCAGCCCUCACAGUCCUCACUUUCUAGUCAGCUGAAAGUUUCAAGAGGAUGAACUAUUUCCCUCAAAAGGUAGAAUCUGACUUCAAAAUCACACCAUGUUAUUAAAAUAUCUGUCAUUUAAAAAUAAACUUACACUUCAUCCCUGAAUUUAUCCAAAGUUAUUAUAUGUCCGUCAUCUUUUAAAACUUCAUCUGCAAUACACAGACCCAGGGUUUUUAGGGCUGUAAAAAUCAGAAUGAGAAGAAAUGAAAAUUUACAAAGUGAGAAUUAUUUUCAGAUAAAGUUGUGGAAUAACCACAAACUAUUACCUCAAUUUGUAGAAGUUACUGACCUUCUUUAUACUGCACAAAUGAUAUGGUGCCUUUGCCUGCGGUAUCCAUCAUCUCAAACAUAGCCACAAUGUUAGAGUUAUCCAUAAAGUAAGGAAAAGCUACGGAUGUUAAUUUGGCAAUUCUCAUACUUUCCAGUAUGGAUAUUAAGUAUUCUCUCGGUUUUUCUGCAAAAGAAUAAUUCCAACUCUUUCUAAUGUGAAAUUAAAAUAUAUCACAAAUGGAAGUAGUCACAACAAUUAUUAAACACUUGUGUUCAAGGUCCUAUACUAGGCACUGGGGAUACGGGCCUUGCUUUCAUGAAACUUACUGUCCAUCAGGAAAGGCAUGACAUUGAACAAUUAAUUACAUAUACACGUGCCCUACCUCAAAUAUUUAAAUAGUUCAGAGACGACCUGGGCAUUUUUUAAAAAAGCUCUCCAGGUAAUUCUAAUUUGCAGACAGGGUUGAAAACCAAACAGAGAACUGCAUGAGGCAGGAAAGAAGGUGGCCAGCUGAAAGAAGGGAUGGGGGUGCAGGUUAGCUCACUUGGGAGAGCAUGGUGCUGGUAACACCAAGGUCAAGGGUUCAGAUCCCCAUACUGGCUAGCUGCCAAAAAUUAAUAAAAGAAGGGAUGAUAAAAACAAAGACUCAGAUAAAUACAGUCUUCCAAUUAAAAGAUGUAAAUGUUCAUUUGUAACAUGAAAGUGUUUUGAAUAGGUAGGCUGUCUUUCAUUUAAGCAAUUUUAAAAAUGAAGAAUCAAGAUCAAUCUCCUGUACAGAAAUAAUGCAGGAGAAUCAUGAUGAACAGAAGCCAGAAGAACUAAAGAUGGAGCAGCUUAGAUGGUAAAUGCUACUUUCAUCGCUCCAUCAUUUUAUUAUUUCAACU